CAUGAACAACUACGAGCAGUUUGCACUUGGCUUUCGGAAUGACUGUAUACGGAAUAGUAAGAGCUCUACUGCUAUUUUUCCUCCUCGUAGCAGCAGCAGCAGCAGCAAAGGUGGAGGCCAAUGAGCGGAUAGUGGGUGGUAGUGACCAGGUCAUCCGUAAUGCCCCCUGGCAGGUCUCCAUUCAGAUCAGUGCGCGUCACGAGUGCGGCGGAGUCAUUUACAGCAAGGAGAUUGUCAUGACGGCCGGACACUGUCUGCACGGGAAAUCCGUGACCCUGAUGAAGGUCCGUGUGGGAGCACAGAAUCACAAUUACGGCGGAACAUUGGUGCCCGUGGCGGCGUACAAAGUCCACGAGCAGUUCGAUUCCCGCUACCUGCACUUCGACAUUGCUGUGCUGCGUCUGUCCACUCCACUCACCUUUGGCCUCUCGACCAGAGCCAUAAAUCUGGCCAAGAAGAGUCCUUUGGGUGGAUCGACGGUCACGGUCACCGGUUGGGGCUACACGGAUAAUGGAGCCUAUGCCGACACACUAAAGAAGGCCCAGCUGCAGAUCAUCGAUCGUGGGGAGUGUGCCUCGCCUAAGUAUGGCUAUGGUGCGGAUUUUGUGGGCGAAGAGACCAUUUGUGCUGCCAACACUCAUGCGGAUGCAUGUACAGGCGACUCUGGAGGUCCCUUGGUGGCCAACAGCCAGCUGGUGGGCAUUGUAUCCUGGGGUUACCGGUGUGCGGACGUCAACUACCCCGGUGUGUAUGUGGAUGUCGCUGUGCUGCGCCCAUGGAUAGUCAAAGCAGCCAAUGCCUUAUAAGCUGGGAGCUGGGGUCGCAAAAAUAAAAACCAUGUUUCAAAACAAAAUACAAAACAAAACCCACUUCAUUAUUCGCCCCCCAGGUGGAAUCGAACCACUUCGACGCUAAUCGACUACGGAUUUGAAGUCCGCACCUUGGACCACCAAAGCUCAGUGGGGCACUAAUAUCUACUAAAGUUUCCCCAUUUAUAAGUUCCAGAUGCAGAAAAAGCACUUGGGAAUUUUAGGAGAAUUUGUAGA